UAUCUCGAGUUAAAUCUCUAAUUACUAUAUUGUCAGAAUAAAUGUAUUUUUUUUUUGCAUAUUGAAGUAUUUUUGUUAAAUUUUAAAUUUAUCUGAAUUAAAAUAUACUCCUUAUAUUGUAAAGCAUCAUUUAAUUAACGGGUCAUAAAUCUAUCACAAUGGAAAAAGAUAAAGUCUACAAAUUCAUGGUUACAGGUAAUAGACCGUAUAGCGCUAAUGAUGUUUUUUCAAAUCUUCAAAAGCACAAUGUUGGUAAGGCUGCAGUGGAUAAAGCACUUGAUCAAUUAGUGAAAGAUAAUAAAAUUUUUGUUAAAAUAUACGGAAAACAAAAGGUUUUUUGUGUGAUUCAGCCUGAUACUACUUUAGACAAUCAAAAAGAAAUUGAACGUCUUGAUGAAGAAUUAUUAAAAACAAAUGAAAAACUAAAAGAUGUCGAACAAAAAUUAAAAAAAUCUGAAGUGGAAGUAAAAAUGUUAAAAAAUACUUAUAGUAUUAAAGAGGCAGAGAACAUGAUUACAGAAUUGAACAAAUCUAUUACGGAACUUAAAAGUAAAUUGGAUGAAGUAUCUAAAAACAAAGUUUGCAUGUCAGAAAAAGAUAAAGAAAAAAUUAAGUUUAACCACGAAAAAGUUAUUAAAGAAUACAGAAAAAGAAAGCGUAUUUGCAUGGAUGUAUUAGAUUCGAUCUUAGAGAAUUGCCCCAAAACAAAAAAAGCUCUUUUUGAAGAAAUCGGCAUAGAGACAGACGAAUCAGUUAAAAUGCCUAGUUUGUAAAUUAGCGUUACAUAUUUGUUGAUAUUUAAUUAAUUUUAUAAUUAUUAUACUAUUUAACUUUACUUACCCUUGAUAUUAUAAUUCCAGCUAUACUAAUACGAAUUUUUGGUCCUUUAAGCAGUCUAUACCUAAGAUCCACACCAUUCCAGAAAGAAACAAAAUAUCUCUUUAUUUGUACAUUAUCUCCACCGUGUAACCUAAUAUCCAUAUUUGAAUUAAGUUAUUUAAAUAUUAAAAAUAAAGUAAUAUUACAUUUAUA